CCAAUGAAUAACCAAGUCAAACCACACAUGACCAGCUUCUCCAGUGCUAUAACAUUAGCCAAGUCUCCAAAAUUCCAGUGUUCAACAUAUAUAUAUAUAUAUACACACACACACACACAUAUACAUAUAUAUAAAUCAUAUAUAUCGCAGAUGCUACCUUCACCAUAUCACUUCAAUGAAUGUUGAACUUGUCUUAUCUUCUUCCUCCUCCUCCAACAAUCUUAAAAUCAUAUAUAAUCCUUCAAAACCCUUAUUUUUCUUCAAUUAAUUCGUCUGUCCUCUGUUGCUAUUAUUGAGCUUUUCCGAACAAAUUUGUGUUAAUUAUGGCGGCCGGAGAUGGAGGAGAGACAACGACGACGAUGACAACCGCCAGUCGCUCGUUGCAAUUCACUCCCACUUGGGCUUUGGCAACUGUCUGUUUCAUAUUCAUCUUUGGUGGCCUUUUUAUUGAACACUUGAUCCAUCUUAUAAGCCAUUGGCUCAAGAAACAUAGAAAAAAUGCUUUGUUUGAGGCAGUUGAGAAGCUUAAAUCAGUUUUGAUGCUGUUGGGGUUUUUGUCACUACUAUUAGCAGUGACUCAAAGACCAAUUACAAAAAUAUGCAUACCCACACAUGUAGCCGAUAAAAUGCUGCCAUGCCGACAUAGUGCAAGUACCAAAACCACAAAAGCACUAGGCCAAUACGAAAGAGGAUUAGCAGAAGUAGUGGUGUUUGAAGAAGAUUCAACAUGGCGUCACGAAAGAGGAUUAGCAGCCCAAGACAAUUAUUCUGCUGAUCAUUGUACCUCUAAAAGAAUGACUUCGCUUAUAUCGCAAGAAGGGAUCAAUCAGCUGAGUAUCUUCAUAUUUGUGUUAGCAAUGAUGCAGAUUGUGUAUAGCGUUGCAACAAUGGCUUUAGGGAGGUUAAAGAUGAGGCAUUGGAAAUCCUGGGAGAAAGAAACCCAGACAGUUGAAUACAUGGCAGCUAACGAUCCAAAUCGGUUUAGAUUCACAAGACAAACCACAUUCGGGAAGCGACAUAUGGACUCUUGUGCAACAACACCAGCCCUAUUGUGGAUUAGAUGUUUCUUUCGCCAAUUCUUUCAUUCGGUAGCAAAAGUUGACUACCUCACAUUGCGCCAUGGUUUUAUUGCGGCACAUCUGUCGACAAACAAUACCUUCAACUUCCGAAAGUACAUACAACGAUCAUUGGAAGAUGAUUUCAAAGUUGUUGUAGGCAUCAGGCCUUUCAUGUGGUUCUUAGUCGUCAUCUUCUUGCUUGUAGACGUGCAUGGUUGGCAUGUGUAUCUCUGGGUAUCUUUUCUUCCACUGAUUAUAGUUCUGGUUCUUGGAACCAAACUGGAAGUAAUAGUGGCAAAAAUGGCUCUUCAACUCACAGACAAAGAGAAUGUGACUAGAGGAUCUCCUUUGGUCCGACCCAAUGACAAUCUCUUCUGGUUCAGUCAUCCCGAUUUCGUCUUGACUCUUCUACAUUUAACUCUAUUUAUGAAUGCAUUUGAGCUUUCAUUCUUCGUUUGGGUCACGUGGCAAUUUGGAUUUAAGUCUUGCUACCAUGAACGUAUAGAGAUCAUCAUUAUCAGAAUCGUAUUAGCGGUCACGGUUCAAGUCCUUUGCAGUUACAUUACCCUUCCACUGUACGCUCUUGUAACCCAGAUGGGUUCACAAUUUAAGAGUGCAGUGCUAGAGGAGCAGACAGUGCAUGUCAUAAAGAAAUGGCAUACGGACGUGAGAGGCAAAAGGAAGAAACAACCACAAUCUUCUUCAGUGUCUCCACUCCACGAAUCAUCAACUACACGCAGCAACAGCAUAAGCAGCUACUCUGUGGAUCUCUCCUCUUCAUCUCAUCGCAGAUCACCAACUCUUGCUGAAUUCUCUUCUCGUGGCGGAAGAACCGCCGAAAACUCUCAAGAUCACAUUGUUCAAGAUGAUCAACAAACGCCACCACCCAGAGUUUCAUCCACCGAUCAAUUGCAAAAAGAAAUGCCAGAGAUUACAAAUGCCCCAAAUUAAGUAUUUCAUCAUUUUGCCUCUCACGUCCGCAUGCCAUUUUGCUAUACUUUAAUUUGAAUUUUGAACAUGAUGUUUCCUUGUACAGUACAUUUUUUGCCAUGACUAAAUGGUUCGUAAAAAAUAUGUGAUACAAGGAUGUGUUUGCUGACUCAUGAUAUAUGAAAAGGAAAAAGAAAAAAAAAGUUGUAUGAACCUGCAAUAAAUUUUAGUGAUUUUUUUUUUUUUUUU